UCCCAUUUCUCUCUAUUUUCUCCCUAUCUGAUGUAGGGACGGGAUUCGGCUGGAAACAAGUUGCCAAUGGAAAGUGAAACUGAAAAACCUAAGGACAAAGGCUUGUAUGUUGGGGUAGAGGAUGAUUCAGAAACAGAAGAAGGAAAUGAUGCUAAUUUUGAUGGGUUGGAUGAUAUCUGGAACGAAAUGUCUUUUGCUAUAGAGUCCUCAAAGGACAUGGCUGCGGAUGCUUCUUUGGAUGGGGAUGCAGAAGAAGAUGAAGGAUGUGAUCAUUCUUUCAUCCUAAAAGAAGACAUUGGAUCUGUAUGUCGCAUCUGUGGAGUUAUCAAGAAAAGCAUAGAAAGCAUAAUUGAUUACCAAUACGCAAAGACCGUAAAGAGUGCAAGAACGUAUUAUUAUGAAGGUCGAACAGCCAAGGACUCAGGGCCAAGUGAGAAUCUAUCUGAGGUCCUAAAAUCAUCUCAAGAAUUUGCAGUUGCCGAUAUUUCUGCCCAUCCGAGGCACAAAAAACAGAUGAAACCACAUCAAGUUGAAGGGUUCAAUUUUCUGCUCAACAAUUUGGUGACUGACAACCCUGGGGGCUGCAUACUGGCACAUGCUCCUGGUUCAGGGAAGACCUUCAUGAUCAUUAGUUUCUUACAAAGUUUCAUGGCAAAGUAUCCGGCUGCUAGGCCUUUGGUGGUGCUGCCUAGAGGAAUCUUGUCCACAUGGAAGAAGGAAUUCAUCCGGUGGCAAGUGGAGGAUAUUCCCCUCUACGAUUUCUACUCUGUGAAAGCCGACAAUCGAUGCCAACAGCUGGAAGUUUUGAAGCAAUGGGCAGAGGCAAGGAGCAUUCUCUUUCUUGGCUACAAACAGUUUUCAGUAAUUGUGUGCGACCAUGAUACGGGCAGCGCUACAAUUGCAUGCCGUGAGAUUUUGUUGACUUGCCCAUCAAUUCUUAUUUUGGAUGAAGGCCACACGCCAAGGAACCAGGAUACAGAUGUUUUGACUUCACUGGAAAAGGUUCAGACGCCGCGCAAGGUUGUUCUGUCCGGGACACUUUACCAAAACCAUGUCAAAGAAGUCUUCAAUAUUUUGAACCUUGUUCGUCCAAAGUUUUUAAAGCGUGAAGAAUCUAAGUCAAUCAAGAGGCGAAUAUUGAGCAGAGCAUCGAUUUCAGGCAAAAGGAACAUAAUAAAGAAAGGUUCAGAUAACGACUUCUUUGAGUUAGUGGAGCACACACUUCUGAAAGAUGACAAUGUCACUAGGAAGGCCACAGUUAUCCAAGAUCUAAGGGAGAUGACGAGCAAAGUUCUCCAUUAUUACAAGGGAGACUUCUUGGAUGAACUUCCCGGGCUCGUGGAUUUUACAGUAAUCUUGAAGCUCCACCCUAAGCAGAAAAGUGAAGUUGCCGAGUUGAAGAAUUUGAGAAGAAAAUUCAAAAUAAGCGCCGAAGGGAGUGCGUUAUAUGUGCACCCUCAGUUGAAGAAUCUCUCCAAGAACACUGGUGCUAAAGAUAGGAUUGACGUAGGGAAGAUCGAUAUGCUUCUAGACACUUUGGAUGAACGAGAGGGAGUGAAAGCUAAGUUCUUUCUGAAUCUUUUGGCAUUGUGUGAAUCCCACGGAGAAAAACUCCUUGUGUUUAGCCAGUACCUUUUGCCUUUGAAAUUCUUGGAGAGACUGACAAUAAAAGUUAAGGGCUAUUCUGUUGGGAAGGAGAUUUUCAUGAUCACGGGAGAUUCGGAUAACGAAGUGCGUGAGGCUUCAAUGGAACGGUUCAACACAUCCGCGGAUGCCCGUGUUUUCUUCGGCUCAAUCAAGGCCUGUGGUGAGGGAAUAUCACUGGUGGGCGCAUCACGGAUCAUCAUACUGGAUGUCCACUUGAACCCAUCAGUGACCCGGCAAGCAAUAGGGCGUGCAUUCCGCCCCGGUCAACUCAAGAAAGUAUACACCUACAGACUGGUGGCUUCUGGCACGCCGGAGGAGGAAGACCACACAACCUGUUUCAGAAAAGAAUCCAUAGCAAAGAUGUGGUUCGAGUGGAACCAAUACUACGGUCUGGACGAUUAUGAGAUGGAGAAGCUGGAUCCGAAACAAUGCGAGGACGAAUUUCUGGAAACAGCAAGGUUUUCUGAAGACAUUAUUGCCCUCUACAAAAGAUAAAGGCGUGUUUGGGAAGUAGGGGCAAUGUGCAUAUAUAUGAACUCGGAUUAUGGUAGGCUAUAUAUAUAGUUGGGUUGAUCCUUGUGACUUCGUUUUGUCAUAGAAAGCUUAAGUGUAAAGCUUCAACAUGAAUGGCUACUUUUGAAUGAUUUUUGAUCCUUCUAACUUAUGGUAUGGCAUUGCUUUGAAAUGUUCAUGUUUCUAAAGUAAAACAAUUGGGUCUUU